AUGACUCCACUGGGUUCAACAGGUUCUGUUGGUUCAUCUGGACCAAAAGGAUCAAGUGGUGACAAGGGACUAAAAGGAAGUAUGGGGCCAAGAGGUAUUGAAGGAGCAGAUGGAGAUCCUGGGGCAGCCGGUCACACGGGACCAGUUGGUCCACGAGGCUCAAAAGGAGGAAAGGGACUGAAAGGGAUACCAGGUAGAACAGGCCCGAGGGGUCCACAAGGCAUUCCCGGAGAACCAAUAGACCAGGAGACUCUUGAAAAGUACUUUAGUCCUGUGAAAACGUUACAGAGAGAGGUAUCUAACAUGAAACUCACUUUGCAGUCUUUGGCAAGUAACGAUCAACCUGCUGCUUAUUUACACGGGAAUAAUAAUUAUGGCACAAAAAGUGGUGGCAGCAUUAUUACGGACUGGUAUACUGGUAGCGGUAAGUGGUAUUCUCCUAUUCUGAGAGGUGGAAUGACAUACAGUAACGGAUACAUUACCGUGCCGAAAGAUGGACUUUACUAUAUUUACGGAAAGAUAUAUUUUGCUCCACAGUCGGGACAAACACAAUCUGGAUUCUACAUCUACUUGAACAGUCAACACGUUGAUUCUACCUACCAGUACUUUUCAUCACCAAAUGGUAAUCAAGAUCACACUUGUUAUUCUGGUCUUCUAAAAAUGGCCAGCAAAGGAGACAGGAUCUAUAUGAAGUUUGUCUCUACUGUGUACGCUUACAUGUAUACCUCUUAUGCUAAGUUUGGAGCCUUCCGUGUUGCUUAG